AUGACUCAUGGGGAGGAGCCUGGCCCUGAGACACACAAGGAUUCAGCUGGACUAACUUAUCUGGAAGGUUUACUGAUGCAUCCAGUGGUGGCCGGGCCUGGGGCCACGGCAAGCAGAAGGUCCGAGGCUGCCCACAGCAACCAGGAGCAAGCCGACAAGGCAGGCGGGCCCUUCCAGCUACCUGACCAUGGGCCUACAGCACCCAAGGCUGGAACCAACGGGCCCUCACUGGGUGCAACACAGCACCUGAAAAAGGCCCGUCUUCUACGCUCCGGGGCCUGGAAUGAGCCGGGGAACCAGAGGAUGAGCUCGCCACCCAUGGAACUGAACGGCCAAGGUGGAGGCCUCCAGAAUGGGGCUCUGGAAGGUUCUCCUCAUGCUGGGGAGAGUACCCUACUAGCCUCCCUGCUGCAGUCCUUCAGCUCACGGCUGCAAAGCGUAGCCAUGUCGCAGCAGUCUAGCAAGCCCGCUAGCGAGCGCUCCCCUCCACCCAAGGCCCCGCCAACGGACAAAGAGCCUCUUCCUGCAUAUGGGUCAGCCUCCAGCCGAUUGAAAGGUCUAAUGAGGAAGAGCAAGCUGCAGAAUCACAGCAACACACCUUACAGUCGGCGGGGGCACAGCCAGGACAGGCCUCCUGAGUCCCCACACUCAGCACACAGUGCCACACCUCCGUCGGUGUCCCCCGCCACUGACUCUGUGUCCUGUGCGGAGCGUCUGAAGGCGGUGGCCAACAUGGUGAAAAUCCGCUCCAGUCCGGUACCCUCGCCCAAGCCAAGCGUUGCCUGCAGUCAGCUGGCCCUGCUGCUUUCCAGUGAAGCCCACCUGCAGCAGUACUCUCGGGAGCAUGCGCUCAAAGCUCAGCUCUCAGGACGCUCUGCCAGCGAGCGACUGGCUGCCAUGGCCACACAGCAGCAGAGCCAGGACAAAAGGCCACCCAGUGUGGGAGAGGCUCCGCCUGGGGCUCCAGACACACUAAGCUCCUUAACCACCCAAAACGGGAUGACAGCUACAACCCCAGUUACAGCAACACUCCCCCGAAUGACCCUGUCCAGCCCGCAGAGCCCUUCCCUGCUGCGUAGCUGCAGCCAGAGCCCCACCCCCCCACCCUCCCUUGCGCCCAGCCUUACCCAGAGCCAGCCGCCCAAGGAGAAGAGAGGCUUUGACUCGCGCCCGACACGCCCCCCGCAGACAUGUAGCAGCUUGCUUCUCCUGCUUCUCAACAACCACAACAACCAGAAGCAGCUGACUAAGAACGGACACCUGGAUGACAACUGUGGCAUCCUGCCGCCUAGCGGCUCUUCCUCGGUCACUUCUGACAGUGAAUGCUCCACCCAUGAGAGAAGCCUGGCAAAGGACAGCAGUGACGCCGAGAGCUCCUACUCAAGUUGCUCUCCCAUUGACCUCUCCGUAAGGAGCCGAGUCAGUGCCCAAGAUGCUCGGUCCAAAGCCACCACUGCUGUCUCUUCCGCCGCCUUUUCCUCCUCUUCCUCCUCUUCCUUCUCAUCUUCCUCCAUAGUGUUUCCCUCAAUACCUUCUGCUUUCUCCCCUCCAUCCUCUGCUCUCCCCCCUUCCACAUCCUUUUCCUCGCCUCCUGCUGUUGUUGCAUCUACUCCCUCUUUUUCUUCAUCCUCCUCCUCCUCCUCCUCUACUACCUCUUCACUAGACAAAUUGACCGAGUCAUUGAUAAACAAGUGGAAGCCAGAACCGCCGGGGCCAAAGGUGACAAAAGGCAAGGAGCUGGAAAUGAGUCCGGACCACAAAUCCCAUCCUAAGGUCACUCUAAUGCAGCUCCUCCUUGAACGCAGAAAUAAUGAAAAGGUAAACAAAAGUGCAGUUAAUCCAGAUUUGCCACUUGAUAUAACCAUGGCCACUAUGUCUCGGAGCCAGCGAAAGGGGUUAGCAACCUGGGAUGACACCAGGACAAAGAGCCCCAUGGACAGACCCGGGCCAGCCGCCCCGCCCCUUUAUACCGUCAAUCGAGACCCCAGCAGUGCACUGUCCCCCUACUCCUACCCCUCCCCCAAUGUCCAGUCCAGUCCACUGGAUUUGUGUAAGUCUAAAGCCUUCCCUGCUGAGAAGGCUUCUGAGCCCGCCUUUAGUGCCAGUAAACUGUUACAGAAUCUGGCGCAGUGUGGCACAGCUUCGCCCUCCCCGCCCGUCCCCUCGGGCAAAGUGCUUGGUCAGGAGUUAGACGUGGGUAGGCCCCUCGCCCUGUUAGAGAGGCUCAACACCCCAAUCCAAAGGAAUACCACCACUCCUCUCUCCGACAGGCCCUCAGGCAGCGGUACUCCGUUCAGCCGGAGGGAAGCCUCACCCCCCUCCUCCCAGAUUGAAAACCUUUUGGAAAGGCGCACGGUGCUGCAGCUCCUGCUAGGGACCAGUUCGGCCUCCACUACUGUCAGUCGCAAAGACAGACCCACUGGGAGUGGGAGGAGGAGCGUGGAGGUGCCGGGGGGUUGCUUUGAGAAGACCCCCGGCGCCUCCGUCAUUUGUGACAGCUCCAACGGCCUCUCUGUGGAUGCAAAGGUUAAAACGGAGCUCGUGGAGGAAGAGGAGGAGGGGCCGUCCUCGGCUGCAUCGGAGGAAUUGAGUGGCAGAAAGAGACAGGGGGGCUAUGAGAAGUAUAGCCCCCCCUCAGAGCCCCAGCCAGACUUUAAAACAGAACCAAGGCCUGCUGAGGUCAUAGCAAAAUAUGGCCUCCUAAGCCAACUCCUAAAACAACAGACUGCUACCUACUAUACAUCUGCUGCAAUGCAGGCUGGGUCCCAGCCUAGACAGGUGAAGGAGGAACAGAGGGAGUACCAGGGGCCCAGCCCCAAGAAGAGACGCCUUGGCUCUGAUCGAACUGACAGUCUGAGCAACGUCAGCUCUCCGAGGGCAGCAGACAGCGGCGAUGGCAACAGCCUAGUCUCUGCUCACCAGGAGGAACGCCACCACCAGAGGACUCCCAAGAAGGAGGAGGCUCCAGCCAGGAGCCCCCCAUGUGAAUCCCUUCCCAGAGAGAGUCAGGGCUUCAAUGUCCUCAAACAGCUGCUCCUCUCUGAUAACUGCCUGAAGGAGCUGUCUCAGCCACCCCGGGGUGCAACCAGCCCCUCUGUCCUGCAGGCCAAUGGUAAGGCCAAUGGAAGCAUCCUCAGCCAGCCAGCACACAAUCACAGCUUCCUCCACUUGCCCUGGCAUCCCCAUGGCUCCCUCAAUCUCAGACCCCUGGCUACCCCACCAGCAGGGGACGGCCCCCUCCGCUCCACCUGGGGACGCUACCCAUCCCCGUGGCCAAGCUCUCAAAAACGGGAAGCCCCGUCUCUCGUUAAACAGGAGCCAAAGAGCCCGGUGCAGUGGGCGGGGCAGGAGGACGAGGACGAGGGCUGUGAUUCCAACCCGGACUCUCCGCGGCUGACCCGCUCCAACCCCAUCCUGUAUUACAUGUUGCAGAAAGGCAGCACACAGCUGAGGAGGGAGGCGAGGGACCAGGCAGAAGGGGCCCCGCCAGUGGUCCGAGUAAAGGAGGAGCCGCUUGGCGACGUGCACACCUAUGAACACAGACUGAGCUCCACCCCGCAUUCGCCUCCUCACAAUGAUAAGCACAGCCACAACAAGAGCCAGGGGCUGAGCCAAUCAUCUGACUAGAAAUUUUAUCAGACUUUUGUCAGUGACAAUAACAAAAAGACAAAAGAGGGAAAAGAUUCUUCUUUUUUUUUUUCUAUUUUACUGACUUGCCAAAUUGGUUUGCUGUUUG